UUGGGGCCCAUGUUAAUAAGAAACUUGCAAAACCAUAAGCAAUGGAACCGAACCACCACCAUUGUGUUCUCUGAUUGACGACCUGUGAGCAUUUCUCUCAUUUUACUCAGAUUUAUCAGCUUUAACUAGAGAAGUUAACAUGGCUGGCGGUAGGGUUGCUCAUGCCACCUUGAAAGGACCGAGUGUUGUUAAGGAGUUAUGCAUUGGGUUCGCACUUGGAUUGGUUGCUGGUGGUUUUUGGAAAAUGCAUCACUGGAAUGAGCAGAGGAAAGUGAGAGCUUUUUAUGAUUUGUUAGAAAAAGGCGAGAUCAGUGUGGUUGCAGAAGAAUAAGUCUAGUUUUAUACAUUCAGCCAUUAUAUUAUGGACAACUUCAGCGUGAUCAUCAUGACUUUCAUGCUGGCUAUUGAGUUGAGCAUACUCAAUUUGUCAUUGAAAAUAAACCAUUUUUGAAUUGUGGAAUACAUAAUCAUGUGAAAUUUAUUGGUUUUUACCUA